AAGAGAGCGAGGAAGACUUGAUCUGGUUAAGUAGAUUGCUAACAGAAGAGAAAGAAGAUUUAACUGACUUAAUUAGAUUACGAAUAAAAAAGGAAAAUUUAGCUGAUUUGGGUUUAAUUAGACUGCCAAUAAAAGAGGAUGAGGAUGAUGAUGAGGAGAAGAAAGAAGAAAUG